CACCAUUUAAAAGCUUAUUUUUUAACAUUUUGCUUUAAUGACAUUCUUUGUUUUUCUUUUGUUUUGAUUUUUAAUUUUCCCCCAAUGAGCUUUUACCCAAAUGAGAGCGAGAGAAUUUAGAAUUUUUCUUCGUCGACAAAUUAAAGAGAAAAAAUUGAGCAAGUGGCAAAAUUUAACAUUCGCAAAAUUUUAAUCGAACGUAUGCCGUCGACAUAAAAGCAACGUGCGGAAGCGCAGCGCGUGUGUAUCUGAAAAAUAUAUAGUUGUUUUUUUUAUUAUUAUAUUGUGUACAUGAGUGUUGUUUGUGUAUGAAUUAAAGAAGCUUGACGAUAAAAAAAAUAUUAUAAGAGGAAAAAAAUACAAAAUGUGAAAAAGAAAAAUCGCCAAUAAAAUUAUAAAAAUAAAAUUGUCACGUCAAAUUAAAAAGGCAUAGAUAUGAAUAAGAAAUAGAUUUAUUUCUUUUAAUCAAAAGCAAAAAAUAAGCAAGAUUUAAACAAAAUACAAAUUUGUCACAAAUUGCUGCAAAAAGCAAAAGCACGAAAAAAUAAAAAAGUAAAGAAAAAUUUCAAGAAAAUCGUGAAAAUUUGCUUAUUUUGGUGCUGAAAAUCUAAAAAUAAAGUGAAACAAAAAAAAAUUCUACAAAAAGCAGUGUAAAGUAAAAGGUGCAAACAAAUAGCAGAAGCAAAUUAAAGCAAGAAUCUAAAAAAAAAAUUAAUGCCGACGGCAUAAUAUAAAUGCAAUCAAAAAAAGUGUAAAAAAAUAACAAAGUUAAAGAAAAAUAUUAUUAAACGUGCCAAAUUAUUAAAGAAAAUAAGCAAAAAAAUUAAAAAAAAAUAAAUCUGUAUAAAAAUAGCCCAAAAUAAAAGAAAACGAAAUUUUUGUUAAUAAUUUUAUGGCCUGAAAAAGCAAGAAAAUAAAUUAAAACAUAAAAAUUCUGUUUAUCUUAAAAACAAAACGAAAAAAGCAUAAAAAAUGAAAUUAAUUCAUAAAAUAUUUUUACAAUUUCAACAGAAAUUGACUUAAAAAAGAAACGUUAAAGCAAAAAAUAACUGAAACUGUUCAAAAUAAAAAUAUUUAACGGGAGUUUUUGUUUUCUACAAAACACAACAACCAAGAAAUCAUCAUUCCCCAAAGUGUUUGCUAACUCAACAUGACCGAAUACGUUACCCCCAACAUACACACAGUGUUGAAAAAGUAUCAAACAAGUGCUCCAAAAUCAUUACAAGGCCCAGGUCACUCCCUACACACAACUUCACAAACAGCAGCCUCAGCGAACGCCAACAUAGCGAACUUACAGACACAACAACAACAGCAACAGCAAUCAGCACAACAAACAAACCUAAAUUGUCCGUGUCCACUCGAUGUCAGCCUUAAUAAUGGCCCCUCAUCCCUGGUAUCGGACAUACAUGGAUUGGUUACAAUGCGUAAUAGUCCGUGUGAACUUAUUAAAACGGCUGCCCACUGCCCCUCAAUCAACACAAAUAGUAACUCAACACCUCAGCCACCAUUGUCGUCGUCUACAUCUUCAUUGUCAGUCGCUACAAAUGUCGCUGCAUCUAAUGCCGCCGCUGUCGCCGCCGCAGCAGCCACAAAUAUUAAUCCUGCCUUGCCUCUUAUAAAAAAAGAAAUAAUGUCAUCGCCAGAACCUGCUCUAGCCAAUACACAUGAUCUCCCAGCUGAAAAUCCCUUACAGCAAACGGCGCCCACUAUUAUACCGCCACCCUCCAUCAAAAUAAUGCCUCCCCCACCGCCCGAAGUCUCACAGCCUAUAUUAUCGGCUGCCGACUCGGGUUCGGGAGAAUUGUAUGAAACCCGCCUAGAAGGCAAGACCAUAGGCUGCUUUUCUCUGGGCGGUGAGAUGCGUUUGUGUUUGCCCCAGUUUCUCAACAAUGUUCUGGCUGAAUUUUCAUUGGAACAAAUCAAUCGUAGUUUCGAUGAUUUGGGCAUUUUUUGCUCCCAGUGCACUCCCGAUCAGUUAAUGGAAUUUAAGGCUGCUAAAAUAUUGCCUUCCGAUGUCAAGUCGAGCGGUCUAAUAACACGCACCGAUGCCGAACGCCUGUGCGCCAUACUCUUGCACCGUUCCGAUCGCAAUAGUUAUAUUAAUGUAGAGGAUAUACCCAAGGGCGCCAUUUCAUUUAAGGUGUAUCAUCGUUGUUUUGGAAAAUGUGAAGGUAUUUGCACACCGGACAUGUAUUCGUAUCAGAAGCCCACUUGUAUUAUGUGUCUUGAGUGUAAGGGUUGGUUUUCGCCCCAAAAAUUCGUUGGACAUGUCCAUCGCAAAGUGGAGAAUCGCACUUGUCAUUGGGGUUUUGAUUCGCGCAAUUGGCAUGAUUAUUUACAUGUCGCUCUGGAUGUGGAGAAUCGUGAGAAAUAUCAAAAGAUAUUGGAUGAACUGAAGGAGGUGGAGAUGAAGGAACAACUGAAGGCUCAACAGGAGAUUAAUUAUUUGAAAAGAAAGGCCGAAAUGCAUAUGGACCAUUCGAUAUUAGUGCCAUCUAUGGGUCUAGGACCGCCACCACCUCAUCAACCCCUACCACCUAGCGUUGUCAAGCAUCGUGGCGACCAGCUGGACAUUCCAACGUCGAAGAAAUCCAAAGGCCUCGACGAAGCGUCAGCAUAUCAAUUGGAGUAUCAGCACUAUCAGUCGUUAAUGUAUGCCCACUGUGCCCAGCAGCAAAGAAUGGUGGCGGCUGGUCAAAUGUCGGCGUUUCGACCGUGGCCUCAGCCCAAAACUUUCAUGCAUGCCGCGUACAAUGCAGCGGCAGUGGCAGCUUUAUCUACACUUCCUUAUCUGAGUCAGGAACCGCCAGUGCUGCAAAAUCCCGAACGUGUGGUACGCUCCACGGAUCGUGAGCGUUUCGAGCGAACGUAUCAGCCAAAUGUGGCGUUGGCGCCCAGAAAGACACAUCUCUCGCAGGAGCGUGAAAAGGAACAAAGAGAACUGAGAGAACGAGAGCGAAUAGAAAAGGAGAGGGAACGUGAAAUGGAAAGAAUAAGAGAGCUCGAGCGAUCGAGAGAACGGGAAAGGGAAUUUGAGCGCUCGAGAGAACGGGAAAGGGAAUUUGAGCGAUCGAGAGAACGGGAAAGGGAAUUUGAGCGUGAACGGGAAAUGAGAGAGAGGGAAAUGAAAAAGAAGUUGCAGGUCCAACAACAGCAGCAGCAGCAACAAAUUAAACAACAACCUUUAGUAACGGGUUUAUGUGAAGGUGAAAUACAAAUAAAACAAGAAAGGGCGCCCACACCCUGCGAAAUGUCUCCCACACCCCCGCCCCUUAGCAAUCACAGCGAAGAGGACCGACGCAGUUGUAAUGGUCCUUUGAUGGAAAGUGAAGCUCCCGCAACGCCUUUAGUCUCCCCCAUGGCCUUAAGUCGACACAAAACCUUGCCCCCAACACACCUCAGCCACAUGGAACUGCAAACUCGACGUCUUUCCCUGCAAAACUCCAAUUCUUCCGCUGCUUCGGCCUCUUCGUCAUCAUCAUCAUCUGCCACCUCAACAACACCCACAAAUUUAACAUCCUCCACCACACCACCCCAAUCACAGCUACAACAACAACCAUUAAUACCUGCCCAAAAAUUACAACAACAGCAACUACAUCAUCAACAUCCAGCACCACCAUCAGCCACACACCUACAACGAAUACCAAGUCAUCAUGGAGCUGUGCAUGGACCCCAGCCAUAUAUAAGACAAUCUCCCUCACCACAUGCUCAUUGCAACAGUGCCAGCUGUAAUAAUCCUCGAAGUCCCGAGGAAUUUGGUGGUUCAAACGAAAUCACAUCGUCAACAUCGCCUUUGCCACAAACCCAGCAACAGCAGCAACAUGCACAAACAAUUAUUGCCACUGUAAAUCAUCACAAUAAAUUGUUGCCAAAUUGUGUGGCAUAUGGUGCUAACAGCAAUCACAACAGCAGCAGUGGCCAACAACAACAACAGCAGCACAAUGAUCUGACUGGACGUAUACGCAUUAGCAAAAAUUUAAUUAAUCAAAAUAAUAUAAUGCGAACUCCCACACCACCACCUCAUCCACUACCCUCAGUUACAAAUCCCACACAUCAGCAUCCCUCUCAUCAUCUUCCUCAUCAUCAACAGCAGCAGCAUCAGCAACAACAGCCACAUCACAAUCAACAUCCGCAGGCUGGACUUCAAAUCCAGCAAACAGUGACGGCAGCUCAAAAUCAUCAGCAACAAUAUGAUUACUAUAAACAAAAUCAAAGAUAUUAUCAACAACAACAUCAGCAACCAUUGACGCCACAACAACAACAACAGCAGCAACGUAAUCAUAACCCACAAACACUAACAGCAAAUCUUAAUCAUCAACAACAACAUCAGCAGCAGCAACAACAACAUUCACCAUCACAGUCUUCCAAUGCAAAUACGCCAACAGGCCUUAAUUUAACCACAAAUUUGACGGCGGCCUCUAAUCCAACAACAACUACAACAAAAGCAGCAGCACCAGCAGCAGUUUCCAAUGCUGCAACUCUACAAAAUCAUGACAAGCCUCAUUUGCGCACACCGCAGGCCUUUAUGAAUCAACAUCAACAUCAUUUGCAGAAUGGUCGUACGGCCACCACCACCACCAUGAACAGUGAAUUUGAAUUGUCCACAGAUACCGAUGACGAAAGUGUCAACGAUGGCGAAGCCGAUAGCAGCAACACGCUGACACCCUGGGAGUUGGCCAUCGAAACAUUACGUGACUCACGACCCAAAGACAGAGAACGUUUGCUCAAUAUGCUGCAAAGAAUUUUAAAUGAAAAUCAACAUUAUCGCUUGCAAAAUCAACAGCUAAAAGAACUAAUUGAAGUGCGCAACGAACAAAUUGCCAAACUGCAAACGGAAUUGCAACACUGUCAACGUCAGUUGGAAAGCUUGCAAAUUAGCCCCAUGCCGGCGGCUGUAAAUGGCAGUGGUGGCCUGGGUAACGGUUUAAUAACCAAAGCAUUGCGAAAGGAAUGCGACGAUCAAAUGCUACUAAGAGUGCCUCUGAAAAAGUCUCAGCGACGAGAGCCAGAAAUCUACGAGCGCGAAUUGAGGGAGAAAGAGCUAAGGGAAAGUGAGGAAAGAGCUCAAAGGCAAUGUGAUGAGAGGAUACAGUAUAAUUUGAGUCAAAUCAAACGGGAGUUAAGUGAGUCCAUGGAGGAGGAUGACAAUGAGGAGGAUAAUGAAUCGAGCACCACCACGCUGGAGCAGAGAUCACCAAACGAGAGUUCUCAGCACAAUGUGGAAAGUACACAGCCCGAACAUGGCCAGCAGCAGAGUGAAGCCUCUUCGGAAUCCGAACAAGAGGAUGAAGACAAUGAGGAUGAACAGGGCGAUCAGCGUAUGUCUUCCAUACAAAAUCAAAAACGAUCUCAAGGUGAUGAUGGAGAGGAGGAGGAGAAGGCGGAGGAAAAUCAUCAUAAAUUAGAAAAGGCAAACAAUCAAAAAGACUUGCUGCAAGACACGCAACCAAUGGCCAAUGAUAGGCAAACGGCCGAAGAGUCCGAACAAGAAGACGAAGAACAAGAACGUGAAUGUGGCGAUGAACAGGAUGACAACGAUGACGAUGAGGAAAUGGAUGAAGAUGAAGAGGACGACGAAGAGGAGGAGCGUGUACAAGCACCGCAUACGAAUGCUCUCUCCACACCACCCACUGCUACCACACCCCUAUCACCCGAUUCUGCUGCCACUGCUGGUCAGUUAUUCGAUAGCAGCAAUAGUAGUGAUGAGUCCUCCAUGAAAAAAGCUCAAAUGUCAGCCUCUAAUGCUUUAGCCAAAAUGAAUUCGGAAACAAAUGAUGCAGAUGAUGAUGACGAGGACGACGACGAAGAUGCAGAUGAUGAUGGUAAUGACAAUGACAACCAUGCAGACCAUGAUGAAGACAACCAGGGAGAACACAAUCAAUCAGAUAAUGAAGACAGCCAAUCACAUAAUGAUCAGAGCGAUAACGAUAACUCCGAAGCGGAAGAAGAGCAAACACACAAACCACGGCAUUUUAGAGUAGACAAAGUGUCAACAACAGCGGCAACACCAACAACCAACACAAACAUUAUAAAUACUUCCAUACAUCAAACGACAACGCCUCCUAACACUACCACGGUUGUGUUGGCUACCAAGGCCAGCAAAAAAUUAACUCCAACAACGAAUAAUGAUAUAAUAAUCAAACAGGAAUAUCUAUAAUUAAGAAUUUUUCGAUCCUCGCCACCAACCCCCCAACUCCCACUCCUACGCAAAAUUAGUAAAUAAUUAACAAAGAAAAUUUAAAACAAAAAUAAAAAUAAAAAACAUUGUAAAAUUAUAAAAAACAAAAAAUUAAAUGUGCCGAUUAAAAAAUUAGAGUUUAAGACAAAAAAAUUAAAAACAAACUUGCAAAAAAAUAGCUUUUAUUUCAAGGCACUUUUUGUUAAAAGAAAAAAAUUAUAUCCCCUUCUACAAAACCAUCAAAUUUCCAACAAAUCUAAAAAGCUUUUUUGGGAAGGAAAAGACACAUUGUUUUUUUUCAAAUUUUUA